UUUCAAAAAUAAAAAUUAUUAAUUUUCAUGGAAGGCAGAAUGAACAAGUCGUUUAGCCACCCUCCUAAAAGGAGUAAGAGCAGUAUGUCCUCCAGCACGAGUAGGAGUCCAUCCAGGUUUAUCAAUGAGAGUAGCUACAAAGAGAAGAAUGGUGACUUCGCAUACCGCACUGCUGAUGUGACUAAACGGGAUGCCUCAAGACGUAAGCGAAACCUCAGUGUCAGGGAGAUGGUUAACUCACACAACUUAAACAACUCUGACUUUGGUGUACAAGGAUAUCAUAUCCCUAAAUUCAAUGCCUAUUUUGAUAAACCUAUUAGUCUGAAAUGGGUCAAGAACAAAAUCCCCACUAUGUGGGAAACUAUAGAAAAAUCAUCCAAGAAGGCACCUUCUCCGGAUCAUUAUCAAAAAUAAUUUGAAACUCAUGGGCAAGAAUGCUAAUUUCUUCAGCUCAAAGCUUAAGAGAAAGUCCCAGAUAGAUGAAAUUUUUGAAAAAGAGAAAAAGAAGCCCUCUCCUUGUACUUACAAGCCGAAGGAAAUCCAAUCUAAGCGGGGUAUUUUCAACUCGAAGGUUAACAGAGACGGCUUUAUAGAGGAAGCUAAGUUCAGAUCUAAGGAAAGCCCACCUCCUUAUGCAGCGAAGUAUUCCCAAGUCCAUACUAGGGUGAGGGGAAGGUCUUUCCUCCCGACCAAAAAGACCAAUAUGGACCCGAUAAAAUAAGAUCAAUAAGCCUGAUAUGGGAAGUUAUAAUGGAGAUAAAGCCUAUAUGAAGACUGUAAAAAGAGUCAGGGUGCCUAGUAUAGUCAAGAAUAAUAUUCCCUUAAUCCAGGACUUAAAGAUUAAGCACACGAAGAACAUCCCUGGCGUCGGCUCCUACCAGUGGGAUAGGAGCUUUAACCACUCAACCAGAGCCCCCUUGUUUAGAAAGGGAAGAUAUUAA